AUGGCUCCCGUCCGCGAUCCCCGCCCCGUCGUCAUUUCGGGCCCGUCCGGCGUCGGCAAGGGCACGCUCUACAACCUACUCUUCCAAAGACACCCCGACACCUUUACGCUCUCCGUCUCGCAUACCACGCGCGGCCCGCGGCCUGGCGAGCGUGAUGGCGUCGAGUACCACUUCGUGACCAAGGAGGCAUUCCUGGAACUCAAGGCGCAGGAUGGGUUUAUCGAGAACGCCCAAUUCGGCGACAACCUCUACGGCACCUCCAAAGCCACCAUCCAAGAACAAACGGCCAAAGGCAAAACCGUAGUCCUGGACAUCGAAGUCGAAGGCGUCAAACAGAUCCAAGCCUCGAAAUUCCCCGCGCGGUACGUCUUCAUCGCGCCGCCGUCCGAGGCCGAGCUGGAGAAGCGGCUGCGUGGGCGCGGCACGGAGCAGGAGGCGUCGAUCCAGAAGCGGUUGAAGCAGGCGAAAGUGGAGUUGGAGUAUGCUAAGGUGGAGGGGGUGCAUGAUCGGGUUAUUGUUAAUGAUGAUUUGGACAAGGCGUACAAGGAGCUGGAGGAGUUUGUGUUUGGGGAGCAGGCGAGUGCGUAG